GGCGGGGGUGGGUGGGUGUACGAUCCGGACUAUUGCCGGGAAAUUUGUCCGAUUGAGACAUGCAGAAAUUGGCCAAAGCGCGCGGCCUCCACUUCACGCUUUCUUUCGCAACGACGAUCAUCAGAGUGGCCAGCGGUGUUCAUCGUGCAGCACACAUCGUCAUCUAUUCUCCGUGGCCAAGUAGUUCAAAUUGUUCUGGAAAAGGACCGCUUACCGCGCAGCCAAAGAAUGCCUCCUGGCCGUCCCCGCCUGGACUUGGAGCCAUACAAAGAUGAGAUCACCAGGGCGUUUGACCGGCGCGAAACCAUUGAGAGCAUGAUCAAGGGCCUCGCCGCCAAGGGCGUUGAAGUAAACGGCAAGACGUUCCAGCGCAGGAUGAGGGAAUGGGGACUCCAUCGCUAUGCGAAGACGCCCAAGAAGCAGAGCAGCACGGGCCGGACGAGCACCGUCGGCAGCAACUCGGGCAGCAUGGCGGCGCCCGUCAUUCAACCGGCCCUGCAGCCGCUCACGCGACAAGACGAGAUUCCUGACUCCGUAAGUCUACUUCACCGAUUCCCAAUGGGGCAACUGUAGGAGUUGAGAGAAACGCCAAGUGGGCUGCGAGGAACCACAAUUUUGGAGAUCUGGGAAUCGAAUGGCAGGGGGCGGGGUUUUGUCCAUUUGCUGAGGAUUUAAGAGCGUUGCCACCGCAGCCAACAGAACGAGGAGGAACUAACAAGAACGUCGACUUCAGCUCAACGACGACAGUUUAUCAUCAGUUAGCUCCGACACUCGUCGCUCGCCAGAAGAAACGCCGAUUAACACAAACAGGCCAGCGUUUGACUCAUACCUCAACGGCCCGAAACCACCAUCGCUGCCGCCAAAUAUGUCCCAAAAAGUCUGGACCCGCCGGAAUCACGCGGGCUUUGGCCUGGAGAAGUCCCUCGAGGCCGUUCGAAACCCCGAUGCCGCCCCUGUUUGCAUCCCGUCUCCGUCCCGCAAUGUGAGU